CCUCGGGCUCCGGCGAUGGCGGAGGCCGUGGAGCGCACGGAUGAGCUCGUCCGCGAGUACCUGCUCUUCCGCGGGUUCACGCACACGCUGCGGCAGCUGGACGCGGAGAUCAAGGCGGACAAGGAGAAGGGGUUCCGGGUGGACAAGAUUGUGGAUCAGUUGCAACAAUUAAUGCAAGUUUAUGACCUGGCAGCACUUCGGGAUUAUUGGAGCUACCUUGAGCGUCGUCUCUUCAGCAGAUUGGAAGAUGUCUAUCGACCUACUGUCAACAAGCUCAAGACCAGCUUGUUCCGUUUUUAUCUCAUCUAUACAAUUCAGACGAACAGAAAUGAUAAAGCUCAGGAAUUCUUUGUGAAACAGGCCACUGAACUCCAGAACCAAGCAGAGUGGAAGGACUGGUUCAUCCUACCCUUUCUCCCAUCUCCAGACACCAACCCUACCUUUGCCACCUACUUCUCCAGGCAGUGGGCUGACACUUUCAUUGUUUCCCUCCACAACUUCUUGAGUGUCUUGUUUCACUGCAUGCCAGUGCCAGUAAUCCUGAACUUUGAGGCCGAGUGUCAGAGAACUUCUCAGGUACAAGAAGAAAACGAAGCUCUGCGUCAGAAGCUUUUUGCAUUGCAAGCAGAAAUCCAUCGGAUGAAGAAAGAAGAGCAGCAGCUUGAGGAGGAAGAGGCAGCGGUUCAGCACAAACUCCCUCAUUAUGUGUCCAGCAUGGACCGCCUGGGAGACUCCGAACUUGUCAUGGUGUGCAGCCAGAGGAGUGCUUCACUCUCCCAUUCCCCCAAGAUGAGCUUCUUCUCUGCCCUGUUGCCCCAGAGUAAGAAGAGUCCUUCCAGGAUGUCAUCAGCUCCAGGUCCCCCUCAGGCACAGUCUUCUGGGAAGAAAGAGUUAGCUAACAAUCAGAUGCUUAAAGGAAAGGAAGUCACAUCAGGAGUCAAGGAUGGAAAGAACAUUUUUAGUGGAUUAUCAACUGGAGAGCCCAUCUUGACACAUCAUCGACAGAAACGCCUACAGGAUCACGGCAAGGAAAGAAAAGAGCUUUUAUCCAAAUCAACUUUUCAGUGUUCAGAGAAGAAAACAGAAGUCAGUGGCCCAGAGGCAGAGCCUUUCCCAGAGCUCCAUAUUGAACAAGCAGACCUGAUUCCCAGAGCUUCUGGAGCUGGCAUGGAAGGGGCUGGCUUCCGACCUGAGCAGCCUUUCAUUGUUCUGAGCCAGGAGGAGUAUGGAGAACAUCACUCUUCCAUCAUGCAUUGCAGAGUGGAUUGCUCUGGGAGGAGGGUUGCUAGCUUAGAUGUGGAUGGAGUCAUCAAGGUCUGGUCAUUCAAUCCCAUCAUGCAAACCAAAGCUUCUUCUAUAUCCAAGUCACCACUUCUUUCUUUAGAGUGGGCUACCAAGCGAGACAGGCUGCUUCUCCUGGGCAGCGGAGCAGGGACUGUGCGUCUUUACGACACCGAAGCCAAAAAGAAUCUCUGUGAAAUAAGUAUUGAUGAUGACAUGCCCAGGAUCCUGUCGCUUGCCUGCAGCCCUAGUGGGACCUCCUUCGUCUGCUCAGCCGCAGCCCCUAGCCUUGUUUCACAGGUGGACUACACAGCACUAGACAGCAGCAUCAAAGGCCUGAACCAGGUUCCUGGCAAACUCUUGCUGUGGGACACUAAAACCAUGAAGCAGCAGCUCCAGUUCUCCUUGGAUCCAGACCCCAUUGCUAUUAAUUGUACUGCUUUCAACCACAACGGGAACUUGCUGGUCACAGGAGCAGCUGAUGGUGCCAUUCGGCUCUUCGAUAUGCAGCAGCAUGAGUGUGCUAUGAGUUGGAAAGCUCAUAAUGGGGAAGUCUAUUCUGUGGAAUUUAGCUACGAUGAGAAUACUGUGUAUAGCAUUGGAGAGGAUGGGAAGUUUAUUCAGUGGAACAUACACAAGAGUGGCCAGAAAGUAUCUGAAUAUUCCCUCCCCAUGGAUGCCACAGGCCCCUUUGUGUUGUCGGGUUACAGUGGAUACAAGCAAGUCCAGAUUCCACGGGGUCGUCUCUUUGCUUUUGAUUCUGAGGGAAAUUACAUGCUGACUUGUUCUGCUACAGGGGGCAUCAUCUAUAAGUUGGGCAAUGAUGAGAAAGUCCUGGAGAGCUGCCUGAGUCUGGGGGGUCACAGAGCCCCAGUGGUCACAGUAGACUGGUGCACAGCCAUGGACUGUGGGACUUGCCUUACUGCAUCCAUGGAUGGCAAGAUCAAGCUGACAACCCUGCUGGCUCAGAAAUUCUGA